AUGAUGGCGAUUUGGGUACUGUUGUUUUUGUCCGUCUGGAUGGUGCCUGAAGGAAGCCUCUCUGCCCAGUCAAAUGAGAGGAGGGUUGUAGCUCACAUUCCCGGUGACAUCAUAAUCGGAGCCUUGUUCUCUGUUCAUCAUCAACCACCUGCUGACAAGGUACAUGAGCGUAAAUGUGGUGCAGUCCGGGAACAGUACGGCAUCCAGCGAGUUGAGGCAAUGAUGCACACUUUAGACCGUAUCAAUGCCGACCAGCAGAUCCUCCCCAACAUCAGUCUGGGCUGCGAGAUCCGGGACUCCUGCUGGCACUCGGCUGUGGCCCUGGAGCAAAGCAUUGAAUUCAUCCGAGAUUCCCUGGUGUCAUCAGACGAGGCCGAGGAAUGGGGUGGGAGCAACUGGGGUGGAGGUGGAGGAGGAGCCAUGAAGUGUUCUGAUCCCUCGGCGACCCCGAUGAGAGGAAAGAAACCCAUCGUGGGACUGAUCGGACCUGGGUCAAGCUCUGUGGCCAUCCAAGUCCAGAACCUGCUCCAGCUCUUCAACAUACCUCAGAUUGCCUACUCCGCCACCAGUAUGGACCUCAGCGACAAAAGCCUUUACAAGUACUUCAUGAGAGUAGUGCCUUCAGACAUGCAGCAGGCAAGAGCUAUGUUGGACAUAGUGAAGAGAUACAACUGGAGUUAUGUGUCUGCCAUAAACACAGAAGGCAACUAUGGUGAAAGUGGAAUGGAGGCAUUCAAAGACAUGGCAGCUAAGGAGGGGAUCUGCAUUGCCCACUCUGGCAAAAUCUGGAGCAAUGCAGGAGAACAGAGCUUCGACCGGCUGUUGGAGAGGCUGAGGGCACAUCUGCCUAAGGCCAGAGUAGUGGCAUGUUUCUGUGAAGGCAUGACCGUCCGUAACAUCCUCAUGGCCAUGAGGCGUCAGGGCUCAGUGGGAGAGUUCCUGCUCAUCGGGAGUGACGGCUGGGCUGAUCGCUACGAUGUGACUGAUGGCUAUGUGCGAGAAGCGGCCGGCGGCAUCACCAUCAAACUCCAGUCAGCAGAUGUGAAAUGGUUCGAUGAUUACUACCUGAAACUGCGACCCGAAAACAACCACCGUAACCCGUGGUUCCCUGAGUUCUGGCAGCAUCGUUUCCACUGCAGGCUCAAAGGUCACGCACAGGAGAACACCAAGUUCAACCGCACCUGCAGCAAACGAGAGUCGCUCCAUCAGCAGUAUGCUCAAGACUCAAAGAUGGGCUUUGUCAUCAAUGCCAUCUACUCUAUGGCAUAUGGCUUGCAUAACAUGCAGCGCUCUCUGUGCCCAGGCUACCAGGGGUUAUGUGAUGCCAUGAGACCUAUAGAUGGUGCCACACUGUUGGACUUUCUGAUGAAGACAAACUUCACAGGGGUUUCUGGAGAGGGAAUUUUAUUUGAUGAGAAUGGAGACUCCCCUGGGAGGUAUGAAAUAAUGAACUUUAAGAAGAUGGGAAAGGACUUCUACGACUAUAUUAAUGUUGGCAGUUGGGACAAUAGUGGAUUGAAAAUAGAUGAUGAUGAAAUUUGGCCGAACAAAGAAGCUAUCAUCAAGUCUGUGUGUAGUGAACCUUGUGACAAAGGCCAGAUAAAGGUGAUCCGUAAAGGUGAGGUGAGUUGCUGCUGGACCUGUACUCCUUGUAAAGAAAAUGAGUUUGUGUUUGAUGAGUACACCUGCCGAGCCUGUGACCUGGGCUCCUGGCCAACUGAUGACCUCACAGGCUGUGAUCCCAUCCCAGUGGAAUACCUCCGGUGGGGAGACCCUGAGCCCAUUGCUGCGGUGGUCUUUGCCUGCCUUGGACUCAUGUUUACAUUUUUUGUCACUGCUGUUUUUAUAAGAUUCCGGGACACUCCAGUGGUGAAGUCCUCCAGUCGGGAGCUGUGCUACAUUAUACUAGUGGGGAUUUGCUGUGGCUAUCUAUGUACCUUUUGCCUCAUAGCCAAACCCCAUGUUAUUCAUUGCUACCUCCAGCGCCUUGGUAUAGGCCUGUCGCCUGCCAUGAGCUACUCUGCUCUAGUCACAAAGACAAACCGCAUCGCACGGAUUCUAGCAGGCAGCAAAAAGAAGAUUUGUACAAAGAAGCCCCGCUUUAUGUCUGCCUGUGCUCAGCUCAUCAUUGCCUUCCUGCUCAUUCUCUUACAGUUGGGCAUCAUUGUUGCUCUGUUUCUUAUGGAACCUCCAGAGGUGAUUCAUGAUUACCCCAGCAUUCGACAAGUAAAUCUGAUCUGCAAUACCACUAAUUUGGGAGUAGUUGCUCCUCUGGGAUACAAUGGUCUGCUCAUCCUAAGUUGUACAUUCUAUGCCUUUAAGACUCGCAAUGUUCCUGCAAAUUUUAAUGAAGCUAAGUACAUAGCCUUCACCAUGUACACCACCUGUAUUAUAUGGUUGGCUUUUGUUCCUAUCUACUUUGGAUCAAACUACAAAAUUAUCACAAUGUGCUUCAGUGUGAGCCUCAGUGCCACUGUGGCUUUAUGCUGCAUGUUUGUUCCUAAGGUGUACAUCAUUCUGGCCAAACCAGAGCGUAAUGUGCGCAGUGCCUUCACCACAAGCACAGUGGUGCGCAUGCACGUGGGGGAUGGCAAAUCAUCCUCGGCGGCCAGUCGCUCUUCUAGUCUGGUGAAUCUGUGGAAGAGGAGAGGUUCCACCGGAGAGACACUCAGUUCCAAUGGAAAAUCUGUGUCCUGGGCACAGACUGAGCGCAACACUUCACGUGGCAACCACCUGUGGCAGAGGCUGUCAUUUCACAUCAAGAAAAAGGAGAACAACCAGACGGCAGUGAUCAAGCCCUUCUCCAAAAACUCAGAGGAACGCUACUGUGGAGGAAGCAACCUGCCCCCACAUGUGCCCCUGCCCUCCCUCCCCUCCAUGUCCUCCCUGCCCAGUCAGCAGGACACCGCCACAGACAAGACUCUGUAUGAGCUUUCUGAAGCUGAGGAGCGCUACUCCCUCACGUAUCAGCCCCAAACCCCGUCCCCUAUCAGCACUGUGAGCCAAAGGCUGGAGGCAGCGUUAGAGGAGGAGCCGCCCUCCACCAGCUUGCCUAAGUAUGCCAGUAGCACCUGCAGUGGGGGCAGCAGAGGCAGCGCAGCCAGCAGCUGUGGUCCACCAAGUAGCGGCUCUGUUGUCGCCGGGAGCGACGGUCGCCUGGUUACUGUGGACGAUCAUCCAGGACCAGCACAGAGUUCACUCAUGGAUCAGAUCAGCUGUGUGGUGAACCGUUUUACAGCCAACAUAACUGAGCUCAACAGCAUGAUGCUGAUGCCCUCACCCUCUCACACUCACAAACACACCGCUCCGCCACCUGUUCCCACAGAUCCCUAUCUGUUACCACGGGAACUCCACAUGCCUCCUACACUUACCACCUACGCUGAUGUGCAACCUCUGCCACCGGUGGAACCAGGUCUAGCGCCCCGGCCCCCCUGUCCAGUUCACCCUAUGGGUCCCCCACCUUGUUCCCGGCCUCAACUGUCCCCCUCUCUGUCACCCCUCCAAGGAGCUCAGGUCGGGUACCUCACUGACUCCCCUCUGAGGAGAGAGGAGCUGGAAGAGGAGCUUAUUGCACUGACUCCCCCGUCGCCUUUCCGCGACUCUUUAUCCAGCAGCAGCUCCCAGUUUUCAGAGACAGGACUAUGUCUGCCCCCAGUCCCCUCUUUCCCUCCACCCUCCCCUCCAUCGCCCCGCUACAGCAGACUGACCCUGAGAAACUACAGCCAGAGUUCCUCGUCUCUGUGA